GCUUCUUAUUUCUCUCUCUCUGUGGAAAAAAAAUGGCCGACCAAAAUGCCAAUUUUGCCCCUCAUCUGAUCCCGCAUGACCGCAUCAAGCUCAACGUAGGCGGAAAGCUCUUCGAGACCACCAUCUCCACCCUACAAGCCGCCGGACCCGACUCGCUACUCGCCGCUCUCUCGACUCGCCCGAGUAAUGACGAUUCCGACCCUGUCUUCAUCGACCGCGACCCAGAGAUCUUCUCCGUCCUCCUUUCCCUCCUCCGCUCCGGCCGCCUCCCUUCCACAGCCCGCCGAUUCUCCAACCAAGAACUCGCCGAGGAGGCCCUCUACUACGGCGUCGAAUCCCGCCUCAAAUCGGCCAUGUCGCCGCCCCCCCUCGCCGGCAUCGACGCCUCCGUCGUCGCUACCAUCCGUCCCGCUGCAGACGGGAUCCCCACCGCCUUCUCCGCCUCCGACGACGGCUCCGUCUGGGUCGCCCACGGUGGCCAGAUCUCCGCAUACGACUGGAAACUGACCUACACCGGCACCGUACGGUCCCACCUGGAAGACAUCACAUCGAUCCGCCGCGUCUGGCCGGAGAUCGCUGGGAUAGGGUCGGAGUCCGCCGCCGGGAUCCACUUCUACGAUUUUGCGUGCGGGCGCCACGUCGGAUCCGCGUACUGGUCCGACCCAGCCGAUCCGAGGGUCUACAAGGCCCUGGUCAAGUCGGUCACUGACUCGGCCGACUCGGUCUUCGCCUCGUUCGAGUGCCCGCACAAGGAGAACACUGUCCUCUCGAUCGACAAGUCGACACUAAAACCGGUAUCCGAAAUCGGGCGCCAGAACGGUAACUCGGCGAAAGCAAUGGUCGCCGAGAAGCUGACCUACCUGCCGGAACCCGGCCUGCUGUUUGGCAGCGCGAUAAGCUCCGGCGCGUUCGGGUACUCUGGCUAUAUCCGGCUGUGGGAUCUCCGUUCGGGGGGCGUGGUUUGGGAGACGAAUGAGCCGGGGUCGGGCCGGAGCAGCCGGUUUGGCGAUUCGUUUGCGAACGUGGAUGUUGACCCAGAUGAAUCGGCGAUUUUCAAGGUCUGCUCUAAGUCGGGGGAUUUGGCAGUGGCGGAUUUGCGUAAAUUGGGGGAGGACCCUUGGGUUUAUUUGGAAGAGAAAAAUCCAAGCUUGAGGUAUUCUGGGGGUGGGACGAGUAGUGUUAUUCAUUGUUACAAAAGGCAAGUGUUUGUGAGCAGAGAGGGGUGUUUGGAGGUUUGGUCUCAAAUAGAGGGGGAGAGAGAGGUGAGAGAUGUUUGUGAGAGGACUUACAGAAGGAAUUUUGUGGAUCGAGAGGAAGAUUCAAGUAAAGGGACUAUAAGGAAAAUGGAAGGCGGUGGGAAUCGGUUGUUUGUUAGUAGAGAUGGGGUUGAAGGAAUUGAGGUCUGGGAGAGCUCUAAUUUAUCAGGGGCCGUUCCUAUUUUGUGAUCAAAGGACAGCCGGGACCAAUCAUUUGUAUAGAUGAGAAUGCAUGAUGGAGUGAUCGCAAGUUUUAGUCAUGAUGUUGUGAUGAAGGAACGCAUGACCUUUUUAUGUGUGUAUUCAAAGAAUGUACAUGUGAUCAAAGAACAAGGGACUGUCUGCUUGCAUGUAUAGAGAAUGCAAGACUAAACAGUUUUGAUCACACAAUCAAAGGGCAUGCAGACUAUCUCUUGGACAUGUGACCGAUGAUGAGUUUAUUUCUGGUAAAUGGGAGGUAUGCUUCUUGUUGUGGCUGGCAUUGGGUUUUUAUUGUUUGAGGUGAUAAUAAAUGUAUCUUUUUCGUAUUGACACGGGUUCCUUGUUUAGAAGCUAUUACCCACUGUUGAAACAGAGGAAGGAACACUCUGUAGAGCUCAUUAUCAUUUCAUUGUUGAUUCAUUGAUUAUCGGACUAUGGUUCUGUAUUUAUUUAUUUUUACUUAUAAGCUGUGUUUGUAUGCACAAGUGAAUUAAAUUUUGAACAUUCAAUUUAAUAAAGAGGAAUGAUCUGACCCAAGCUGGUGAUGUUUAGUGCAUUCGAAAUGAGAAAGUAGCAUAUUGAUCCAUGAUGUUUAUGUCCAAGUCCAGCUUGGAAUCAACAGGAUUGCAAUUUGUAAUCAGUGUUGUUAUUCCCAUUCUAUAAGACCAACAAUUACAAUAUCAGUUUGAUAUUGCAUGCAAAUGCAACCCAGGUGUUUUUACUAGGGAGGAGGAAGGUGGGUGUCUAGGACAUGUCCCACCCAUGGUCAUUGGCUGCUAUGUUAGGGCCCAACAAAAUGGGUGCAGUACAAUGAAGUAAUUUCAAUAUGUCAGGGUGGAGUUUGAACCUGACCCAUUACCACUAGGACAAAAGGCUCAACUUGGAGUAGAUGUGGCUCUGAUGUAAUCCUUUACAGCCUGUGGUACCAUCCCUUUGAGAUUUAUUAAUAGGAUGUUUCCAGUCUUUUCAUUGUAUUAGAAGAACCAUUACUUUAUUUGGAGUGGUUAGAAAUUGACGAAUACAAAUGGAGAAAUCUGAAUGUAAGCGUGGCUCUGGUUCAGAUUCCUUUUCAUAAGGCAGGUUAGAGGUUUUGUUUCAAACAAACAGCGAAGGGAAGGAUGUUGUGAAAGAUCUAUGACUCUAUUGGUGUCUAGCACAGUUUAUGAACCAAAACAUACAUAAUCAUCACUUAUAUAGAUGUCUCCUAUUUUUGCCUAACCCUCAGGUAGGUGGGACAGGGCUAUGAUGACAAUGGACUUACUCUUUUCUCCUUAACAUGAUAUUAAUGCUUGUGACCAUGGUUCUUUCAUUAGUUGGAUCUUUGGCACCUAAAUCAGUAAACUUCUCGGACAACUUGCGUCUAGGAUUCCCUCUCCAAAUUGCUGUGAGAUCAUGGGCUUAGUAGGAGAUGUGAUGCUUGUAACACCCCUUUCUUCAUUGACCCUUUAUACAUCUUAUCUGCAUCCCAUCUUUGAGUGUAAAUGUCUUUAAUAGAUUGAUUGCGAAGGACCCUCCCUCUCCCCUCCAUCUUGUCAGCCACUUCUUGGCUCUCAAGCGAUGUCUGAAUGACAAAAGGUUAGUCAUUUCUGAAAGCUAACAAGCCCAAUAUUAUGCCAUUUCGAUUUUUUUUUUUUUUUGAGUGACGUACAACAGAUUUCAGAAAUAGAUGGUUAGUGUUAGAAGCAAUGAAUAUUUGGAGGAGUAUAUAAACAUUUAAACAAUCUCUUAUGGCUAGUUGAUGAAUAUUUGGAUAAAUCUUAUUUUCUGACUUUUCUAAGCAUUUGUUGCUCUUAUCGAAGCAUUAGUUAGAUCUUUAUUAUAGCAUGUGUUGUUCAUAUUUAUUUCGUGCUCGAUUAUCUAUUUUUAUGAGAUUUCAUGGAUCAGAAGGCAGAAGGCACAUACCGAAUUUGAAACUUGUUCUUAAUUUGGUUGUGUGAAUCCACAUCUAACAUGUAGCUGUCAGUUUGUUUUCUUAGUUCCAGUAAGCACAAACUUGGUUGAACUUUUAGUUUUGUCAUCUGUAAAAGUAAUUCCAUUUUUUUUUUCUUCUCAUCCUUGUAUUCUAACCUUUUGAAACUUCUAACACUCUAGCUUCUGAUAGGUUUACCUGUUAGUCAAAAUAAAGAAAAGGAUGUCAGUAGAUUAUAAUCAUGCUGUACUUUCCUUAUAUGAUUCUUGAGUGCAGGUUCUGUUGGAUAUUAAUUAUUUUCAUAACUUUUUUUUUUAUCUCGCCAGAAAAUGAACGCGAAGGAAGUCAUUGUUGGAUGGUUUUUAUUGAGUGCUUCUUCAGUAUGAACCUCAUGAAAGGUCGUUCGGCAGAGAUCUUUAAACCUGAAGGAUGUUUGAUGGUACCCUCAUCCAAUGUGAAGGACACAAUCAAGUUCCCUCUUGUUGGGGCAUGGUCUCGAAGGAGUUCAAAGAUGUCUUGGUUUCGGAGUUCCUUCAUAACUUGAAGCAGUAGCAACUACGUCUCAAAAGGUAAGAAGAUCAAUGUUUGACAUCUUCCUGGUGAUUGGAAUUUAAAUGUUAAUGGGAGUUUUGUAUUUCAAUCCAGAAAUUUCUGGUAUCGGCCAUGUGGUUAGAAAUUUCAAAGGCAUCAUUACAGAUUUUUCUGGGUCA